AGCGCAAAUCCAAUUUAUCUGGUGGAGUCUCAACUGUUCUCUCCCCCAGAAUUCAGUACGAGAGCAACUUCGGAAGCAUUGAGAUUGCUUCCCCGCCAGCGAGAUAAACUCUUGAACCCCAAACGAAGACAGCAGAAGACUUAAAGUGUGUGUUUUUCACUGAGAAAAGACGCAGUGGUGCAUCAUGUGAAGUGUUUAAAAUUGAAUUACAUCGAUAAACAGUGUGUGUGCGCGCCUUAUCGUCAGGAGGGAAGCAUGAAGGACGUUUGGGCGGCCGGACCUCUUCUCCGGUGCCUCAUCGUGGUUCUCAGUGCGCUGCCCUUGGCACUGAGUCUCACGCCGCGAGCCACGGAUCUGGAAGUGCCCAAGAGAUGCAACCUGGAGCGCGUGUUCAAGCGCAUCGGCUACAACUGCGCCAAGUUGGAUUUGAAGGAAAUUCCGCAGUACCUCAAGACUUCAAUGGAGAUUCUCGAUGCUUCCUAUAAUCGGAUCAGGGACUUGAGUCCGCAGUCGUUUAACCGGUACACAGAUCUUCAGUAUUUGUAUCUGGCGGAGAACAUGAUCCAGACCAUCGAGCCGGGGACUUUUGCCCUCCUCAAGAAUUUAGAGGCCGUUGAUCUCGCCUACAAUGCCCUCACCACAAUCCCAGCGGAGCUCUUCAGCCUGCCACUCCUGCGCAAUCUCUACAUCUACAGCAACAACCUGUACGAACUCAAGGCGGACUUGGAGGCCCUCGAGAAGCCAAUCACAGCGCCACUCCAGCUCAUCAACAUUGCCGAUUGCAGACUAAACGCCGUUCCGGACUUUGGCAUUCUUCCAGAUCUCUGGCACUUGAACAUCUCCUCGAAUCCCCUUCAGCAGAUUCAGCCACAGCAAUUUUCUCCGCUGUGCAACUUAAAAACCGUAGAUUUAAACAAUACCAAAAUGUCUCCUUGUGCAUGUCAGCAGACGACUUUCUACAUGCGCAAGAGAUCCAUUGCCAUUAAGAAUGGCAUGUUUAACUGUGAUAGUUCAGCGGAGGAGUUGAUCUACUGUCCAGACGUUGUGAAUUCCACGCGAGAAGCCGCAGACUACGACGAGUGCAAUGCUGUGAGAGAAGUCAAGGUGCUCAAUGAGCAAGCCACUUCCUCCUGGAUGAUCGUGGCGCUCUCCAUUCUGGGCUGUCUGGUCGCCUUCAUCCUCCUGCUGUGCAUCUGUCAUCGGCGGAAUAAGAAGAGCGCCAAGAUGUCCCAGAAAAUCUCCCUCAGCGACGUGAAACCAUCUGAGGAGAACGGCAAUCGAGACAAUCUCCUGUCCUAUGAGAAAACUUGACUGAUCCAGGAGUGUACAUAGAGCAAUAAACUGUCCAGGAUUCUGUA